CUUGAAAUUGCUCCAAUCACACGGACAUGGCUUCGUCAUCGUCGUCGUCGUCAAUGACGACCGCUCCUCGUCAGGAGAUGAUCACGUCGGCCAUCUCCUUCCUCCAGGACCCAAAGGUGGCCUCGUCGUCGGUGGCUCAGCGCAUCGCCUUUCUCGAGUCCAAGGGCCUCUCGUCUGGGGAAAUUGACGAGGCGCUGCGACGCAGUGGAGUAGUAGGAGGUGGGAAUGGGCCGCCGCAACAGCAGUACCAUCAAGGACAGGCUCAGCAGUAUUACGGAACUCAGCAGCAGCAGCAAUCCGGGUAUUACUACCCUCCACCCCCUCCUAAUCAGUCGCAAGGGAGGGACUGGCGUGAUUGGUUUAUCAUGGCUGUCGUGAGCGGGACGAUUGGGUAUGGUGUCAUUGCGCUGGCAAGGCGCUACCUCUUCCCACACCUUCAGCCCCCCAACCAGACGAUCCUCGAGUCAGACCGCGACGCCCUUACAGCCAAAUACGAUGAAGUGGCUGCUACUCUCUCUCAGCUGGAUAGCGAGACUCGCGCAGUGAAGGCUGGUCUAGAACAGCAGAAGUCGGCGAUUGACUCGGAGCUCAAGUUGGUCGAGGAGGCCCUGGAGCAGCUGAGGACGGGGGAGAGGUCGAGAAAGGAAGAAAUGGAACGGAUCUCCAGGGAAGUGGAGAGUAUGAAGAGGGAUAUGCCCAAGAUGUUCGAAUCGUCUUCUUCUUCGACCGCUACGUCUCUCACAGAGCUCCAGAGCGAGCUGAAGAGUCUUCGAUCUCUCCUCGUCUCUCGCACCUCGUCAUCAGCAAACAGCGGCGGCGGGGCCAGUGGGAUGACAAGCAGCGUCAGCGGCCCCGUCAACGGCUCCUCGGGCUACUCUUCGCCCAUGCGCACAGGCAACGGCUCGCCACCCUUGCCCGUGCCGCCCUUUGGUAUGGGAGCGACGAAUGGCGGCAAGCCUGCGAUUCCGGCAUGGCAGCUCGCUGCAGGUGGGGGCAGCGGUGGAGGCAGCGCAGCGUCCUCGUCGUCUGAGAAGGAAAAGGCGACGGAGGGGGCGCCGAAGGAGCAGCAACCCGCGCCGAAGGAGAAUGGAGCGUACGAUGUUUGAGAG